UUUAAAUUAUUCUAUUGACCGUGCUCCAGAAUAAGCUAACGAAAAAAAACUCUAGGAAUCACUUGCUGAGCCAUUGACUCCAUCCACAAAACCACUCACGAUCUAUCUGAUGCCGAAGAAUUUUCAGUUGUAUGUUAAUGUAGCUUUAUUACUGGUGGCGAUGAAAGGUUCUUAGAGCAAUCUUUCUGGGUCACGCCUAUACCAGAAUACGAUCAAUCGAAUCACCAACGCAUGCAUUCGAUAAAUCUUUUUUGCAGGUAUGGCAAAUAAAUCGACAUGUAUAUUUUGUGAUCUAAGGGACCGCCGGUCAUCAUUAUUUACCGCCGGGGGGGGGGGAAGGAUUUUAGGAAGGAGCGGUUAUAACUGAGAACCCAAAAGGGGGGAUCGCUGAAAACUUUGGAAGGAUUCAGAGAAAGAACCAAUCAAAUUUGCUUGGAAAAUGAAGACAUGGCGAGACGGGGGGGAAUCGCGAAAGUCAUCAAAAGUUAUUUGGGAGGAUCACUUCAGUGAAGAAACAUUCAAAGGGGGGAUCGGCUAAAUUUCACCUUGUCUAGCCCCAAACCUUCCCCCCCUUCCCGUCAGGCGAUAAAUAAGGACAGGUCCCUAAUUUAAAUAUUACUUUCGCGCGCUUUUCAAAAACCGCGGAGAAUUUUCCACCCAGUGGUACAGUCACGUUUUCGCUGAGAUUCUGGGUACUCAACUGAGGCUCAACAAGCAUGAUUGCUUGAUCAUGGUGUUGUUGUUAAUCUUUGUAUUACGUCAUUUGGUGAUUGCACCCAUCCGAAGCACCAAGAAACAACCGCUUUUAGUCAUGUUCUUCCUGACAAACCCUUUCAUCGAAAGGACGGGAGGAUUAAUCUGUCUUCCCUUCAUGCACAGGAAGGACAGGAAAGCAAAAGGAAAGACAAGGCAAAGGAAAAGAAGACACAAGUGACCAUGGAAAUGGCCUCAUUGCGCCAGGAUGACGUUACACAGGACAUGGCUUCGGCCACUCACGAUCUGUCUGAUGUAAGAAGAAAGUGUCUAGGGCCACAACAACACGAAUCCGGACACGGUGAAACCGAAUACUUCAUUUUUGCGUCAACAUAAAUUCGGAGUGGUGUAUCCGGUUUCACGCAUUCACACGAAUACGCGCUACUGCGGUUUGCAAUUGCAACUGCACUCGGGCCAGCGGUGUGAUUUCACUGGCCGUAUAUUCUUCCUUGUUCAAGUGCUUUAGGGUCAGAACAUUUCAUACACUUCUCAAGUGGGAAUGUCAAAGCGAAAUAACUAGGUAAAGGCCGAUUCAUUCCUCCGGAGCGAAAGUAGACAGAGGGUUUUGGCCUCCCCUUUAAAUUUUUCAAGUUCCCAUUUAAGCCUGGACCCGAGUUUAUGACGUAGCUGAUUUAAAAAUAUCCGGUUCCGUCGUCUUUACGAACUCGCCCAACCCGACGAAUUAGCAAAAAAUUCCACUCUGUAAAGGGGUUUCAAUGCGGUCUCGAUGAGCGGAUUUACCGUUUUCGUGUAGAUGCAAGGCCGAUUCGUAUUAAAAAGCAUGCGGUUUCAAAAAUAUCCGGAUUCGUGUGGACGGGGCCUAAGCCUUAAACGUUUCCUUUUCUCACGUAACGAAGGGUGUAAUGUAACGCGCGAUUGUAAACAAACAUUGAAAAACACGUGCCAAGGGUAAUGGCCUCAUUACUAACGUUAUCUCCGCCAAUCAGCAUUUCGCAUCGACUUAUUUAUUUUCUAGAGAUGUAGCUCCAAGCUCUCCUUCCUUUUCCCGCUUAGCCGUCAGAGCGCCCCGGAGAGCUUGCUCGCAGACUAUUUACAUGGCGGACGAGAGAGCUGCCAUGGGGGCUGAAAAAAUGACUCUGUUGGGGGGAUUUUGCUAUCUGAAUGGUCAUUGUAUUAAUGUCAAAGUUAAUGAGUUCCUCAAGAGAUGAAUUCACCCUUAAGUAGCACAACUCCGUGACACAUGUUUUUGUUGGUUUCCGGCCGCCAUGUUAGUGACCAUCCGGAUGGGCACCAACAUUGCGUCUCCAUAUAAAGCUGUAUAAAUGUAGGUAAAAAAAUUCUCCGAAUUUCUCGCGCUUGAAAAAUUGCACCGACUGAAUCUUGCCGAGGGCCUUUGUAUAUUUACCUUCUUUCAUUUCCCAGAUUCUAGACUUUACCUAUUAAACGGUUUUGAUUUUAAUUUUUAAUAGCAUGACAGUGAAAACCAGCAAUAGCGUUACAUUUUUUCUACAUGUAAAUGUGAACUCCAUUUUCUUUAAUCAUUUAGCAAAGUUUGGCUGAUGAGUAUGAAGUUAAGGAGGAUCAACAUUCUAUACACCAAGACCAAGAAGACAUUGCAGUGUGUCCGCAACAAAGCAACAAAGAUGCCGUUCUUGAAGUGAUUCCAUCGACUUCCACCGAAGUAGAUGUAAGACGAAAACAAAAACACCAUAAUUAAUUAUUCACUAAUAAAGAAGAAUUUGCCGCUAGGGCGCCUUAUUUUGCUUAUGUUUCACGUUAGAAGGACGCAACGUGAUCUUGGUGUUCCUUUGCCACUAAUGUGUUUCGUCGAUGGUGUACCUUUUCUGCACCGUCUUGGAUUUACGUUUCAGCGUCUUGUUUUCAUUCUCUUGAGCUACUUUCAGUUGCGGGCUUGUGACUUCCAGAACGGUGGCUUAUAUAAGGAAUCGACCAGUAAAAUGGUGUGUUUGUUGUUUUCAAUCAGUACCACGUGUAUCAGCGGGUGGUCGAGGAUUUCUGGGUAAACAUCAAACUGUGGGCGUGGAUUUUCAUCCUAGACUUGAAAACAGUACCCUGGACCCAAAGUAAAUUUUAUCUAGCUCUAAACUGGUCACUUUGAAGUUACUUUCAAUAGAUAAUACUUGUAUAUUCCGUGGCUCUUGUCUGGCUUAAGCAAAUUAUGUUAUUUUUAUCUUUUUAUCCGUUAGUUACUUAUUUACUAACAAGGAAAGUAAUUACUUGAAAACUGUGCUGUUUCAAGCUAAACCAAAAAUUUGAUAGUUUUUUUUUUAUCAAUUUAAUUAGGAUGAGGAAUUCAAAGUAACUGACAAAGAACUUCUAACCAGGCCAUCGGCAUCACUUGGAAAAAAUCAAGCUUCUGCAAUGCCACUUUCAACUGAAAACCUAGAGGAGUCAGACGAGGAUCCUUGUGUCGUAGAGGAGAACUUUUCUACCAAACAACUGUUUUCACUUGCCUGGCAAAUAGCUAAAGGAAUGGUAAUUAUCUUUGUGUUCUGGAUAAUGUUGCUGGGAUUCUGGAUCUGAGUAUAACUUGGAAAGAAGAGUUCAAAAGUCAAUAUUUUAUAAACAUGAAAUAGAUGGGAUAGAUAUAUUGGCUAUUUUUCUAGAUAUGAGUACAUUAAAAUGGCUUAUAUGGAAAAAAAAUUUUCUUUUCAGUCGACCCAGUUUUGGCUGGAUCAGAUCAGUGCCGAUAUUUACUUUUCAUUUGUAUUUUUUCAUCUAUACUUAACUACUUGGUGUUCGGCGUACCCCCGUUAUUAUGUUUUGAGAUCAUUUUAAUCGUUUUUUCGUUGCUUAUUUGUUAUUAGAAUCAUCUCGCCGAAAACAAUCUUGUUCACAGAGACCUUGCUGCCCGUAAUAUUCUUGUUGGCCAUGACAACCAGAUUAAAGUGUCAGACUUUGGGUUGAUGAGACAAAUCUAUGAAGAUGUGAACAGCUCAACGAAGUCCAAAAAACUUCCUGUAAAGUGGAUGGCCCCAGAAUCACUUUAUCAAGGCGUUUACACGACCAAAAGUGAUGUGUGAGUGAUACGUUUUUCCGCUCCGUUGACAAGGGAACUAUUGAAACGCUUCUACUGAAUCACUUCUCAAAAUCGUAGUUGCUGUAAAAAUUACAGAAGUAUAUAACUCUGAAGCGCCUAAAUUCUCCUUAUUUGUUUGUAACCUCGCUAGGGCCUUGUUUUUAGCCGUCCAGUUAGAAGCACGGAAAAUUGUUUGCCAAAAUAUGGAAUCAUAGAAUUGAAGGCAUCUCUGUCUAAAUAUAGCUAAACACGGAUUCUUGCAAUCCUUAACAAUUCUCCAAUUAUUCAUAAUAAUAAUAAUCAUGAUAAUGAAUUUAUAUAGCGCAAAUUCCAUUCAAUGUUUAAAUGCGCUUCACAAUAACUAAUACUAAUAUAAAAAGAGUAAUAAUAAAAAAAAAUCCGAAUGCUUCUACUAAUACUAAUACUAAUACUAAUACUAAUACUGCCUAAUAAUACUACUGUGCCAAAUAAAUGCUACUAUGAUAUUGCGCUGCAGGUUAUGGCAAAACUGCUAAACGAAAAAGGUGGGUUUUUACCUUUGAUUUAAAAAUGUCCAGCGACUUGCAGUCUCUGACUUCAAAUGGCAAUGUAUUCCAGAGUUCUGGUGCUGCUCAAGUAAGCGACCUGUCACCAAGGGUCGCUUUACAUAUAAAUGCGGAUUGCUUAAGCAAGGGAUUGUCACUAGAACGUCUCAGGUUAUAGCAUGACUGAGGCUUCAGAGAUGUUAGUGACUCCAAGUAAGUGGGAGCUGUGCCAUGCAAGAUCUUAAAAGUUAACAGAAGAAUCUUGAAUACAAUUCUAGAGUGAAUCGGUAACCAAUGCAACUUAAUGAGGAACGGUGUUAUGCGACAAUCUACCCUCAGCAAAUAUCAGUCUAGCACAUGCAGGCAUCCUGCACACGUUGUAAUUUGAUCAAUGAGCAGGUUGGCAGAACAUAUAAAAAAAACUGUUACAUUAGUCACGGCGAAUUGUUAUGAAAGCAUGAAUAAGUGACUUUGCUGACUUCUUUGAGAGAUACUUCCGAAUCCGACGUAAGUUAUUCAAAUAGUGGAAUGAUGAACUGCAACUUUUCGAAAUAAGUUCCGUCAUAGAGACAUUGGCAUCUAACCACGAGCCAAGGUUCCUAGCGACAGCCACAGGGUGAAUGUUGGUGUUACCUACGCGAAUAUGAGUGAUAACUACCUUCUCAAGUUUCUGCGGUGUACCUAUUAUAAGAAGUUCAGUUUUUUCGUCAUUUAAUUUAGGAUUGUCACGCAACAUCCAAGAACAAAUAUCAGUAAUACAACUUUCCAGUAACUCUCCAACAUUAAGUUGAUCGAGCCUGUCGUUUGGGCAGAAUGAGAUGUAUACCUGCGUGUCGUCAGCGUAACAAUGAACCGUAGGAAAAUGAUGUUUGAUGAUCUCGAAGAGUUUGCUCGAAUACAGAGUAAAUAAUAAGGGGCCCAAACAGGAGGGACACCACGUUGCAACUCGAAUUCCGCGGAGAGUGUCUCAUUGACGGCUAUUUGCUGAGACCUUCCGGACAAAUAAGACGAAAACCAGGAGAGGCCUUUUCCAUUUAUACCAAAUGUGAACUGAAGUCGGUGCAGUAAAGUGUCGUGAUCGACAGUGUCAAAAGCCACACUUAAAUCGAAGAGAAGAAGCAGAGUGACACGUUGAUCGUUCAUUUUAAGGAGGAUGUCGUUAGUGACUUUGAGAAGUGCUGUUUCUAUGCUGUGUUUGGGACGAUAAGCUGAUUGCAGAACAGGGAAGAGAUCAUUGCUGAAAAAAUAAUGUUGAAGUUGCUUGGCGACCGCUGUCUCCACAAGUUUUGAGGCAUAUGCGAGGUUACUCCCAGGUCUAUAGUUCUUAAAGAUGGGAUCGAGACCCUCCAUCUUUAGCAGUGGUUUAACAAAGGGCGCUUUCAGAUAAGAGGAAAAUAGCCUGAUUCCAGCGAAAGGUUAAUUAAUUUCGUAAUUGGAGGAGGUAAUACAUCAAGACACUCAGUAAAAAGCUUAGUAGGAAUGGGGUCAAGAGAACAAGUCGUCUUUGUAGAUGAUUUGAUUAGUUCAUGAACUUCGGUUUCAGAAAGAAGACGAAAUUCAGAAAAAGAGGGGCCUUCAAGUGCAAAGUGGGAUUCGCUAACAUCGGAAGUGCUACCUUGGCGAGCAAUCUCAAGCCAAAUGGAGUUAAUUUUGUCAUGGAAGAACUUGCCAAAAUCUUUAGCCAUUAAUUUAUUAAGAUCAGAAUGUAGAGGGAGACUGGCACACUUCGAUAGGUUAAGCAGUGAUUUACAUGCAGUGAACAGUUUCCUCUGGUUGAGACAGUUUUCAACUACAUUUUUCAAUUACAUCCAAAACUCAAAAGUACACGCAUUUUUGGGCUCGUCCACGACAAAUAAAAGGAAUUAAGAGAUAAACAGGGGAAUAAACAAUCUAAAUAUCGUGAAUCUGUACAUAUUUAUAACAUCUUUGUUUUUUUUUCAUAGUUGGUCUUUUGGUGUUGUUCUUUGGGAAAUGGCUACCUUGGGUGAGUGGACGGUAAUUUUGCAGUUUAUUGUUGUCAUGUUAAAUUUGAGGUGACUGACAAAUCAAAAAAACAUUUUUCAUGGUCUAUGACUCUUAUCGACCUAGAAAUGAUGUCAAAAUGUUGAAAACUCAUGUACGACCCGCAGGAUAAUGGUUUCACACUGCAAACUUUAGAGCUUCCAGGAGAAUUAAGCUAGGGGACCGUGCAUGAACCCACCUUGCCCCUUUUGCCAUGGUGGGAUGUAACUUAACUGUUACGAUUGUUAUCAAGGUUACUGCUACCAGGAAGGGCGAAAGCAAUGUUUCAUAAUGUUUCAUUUGCGGCAAGUUUGAAUUUUCUUGUUUGAUCUGGGCUAUGUUUUAAUUGAUUAAGUGCUGUGAGACGUCUCCUAGUUGAUAAGCGUAUGUGACAACAUAUAUUAAAUUUGCGAGCAUUUCAGUGAUGACUGGAAACGAGAACCUUAUGCCCUCUAUUAUUACACAUUUAACUGCAUUGGCCAUAUAUCAGACCUCUAUUCAAUCAACCAUUUUUGCAAAAUGGCCUUAUUGAGUUUAUAUGAGGAGAAGUGACAAUCGACUAAGGCAUCUUUAAUAGAAAUCUAACUAAUGGAGAAUUACAUGUAUUCAGUUGCCGAUAUGUAAUCAUUUGUUUUCUUUCUCGCAAUCGUCAGGAGGCGUACCAUACCCCACGCUGACCAACUCAGAGUUGUAUCGACUGCUCGGUACUGGUUAUCGCAUGGAAAGGCCUGACAUGUGCUCCGAUGACGUGUACGUUUCCUGAUUAGAGUGGUCUUAGAUUUAACAGAUUCGAUUUUUCUGUGCCUCUGCUCAGUUACAUUUCACACCGAACGGUGCAGCAUACGAAUUCGUCAAAUAUUUUAACGCCUUCUCUGAUCAUAUUAAAUACUGACCAGACGGACGGCAAGGGAAAACUUUUGUUAAGAUCUUCACUCGUUGAACAAGGAAACCCUCCAAGCUUUAGCUUUAUGGUCAAUAAAGGCAUCAUUAGCAGUGAUCAGGUUAACCUCUUUCUUGGGGCCGGGGGAGUACUCCCUGUACUGGGGAGGCACCCCCCCAGAAGGGGUCCUUCUUUCAGUCUUUUGGUGUAGGAAUUUUGCUAGUGGAAGUAUAUGAAAGGGUAGGGAAUUCUGUCAUUUCGGUCUGUAAAAUGACUUAAGAGGACCAGAUAAGAUUUUUUGGCUGUGAAAAUGUCGAGAAAAAAGAAACUCAUGAAGCUAAGAAGCCUAUAUAUUCUACUAAAAUUUUUUUUUUUAUUCCAAUAGACCUCUUUCGCUUAAAUGUUUUGUUUUCCCAAUAGGGGUCAUUUCUAACGGUCAAACUCCCCCGGGACCUCUUUUGGGAAACCAAAACAUACAAGGGUCUACAAGCUAUAAAGAGGUCUUCCCUAUUGACACUGUCUAAUAAUUGACUGGAGCUCUUCUAAGCAUUGAAUAGUUCUUUUUUUUUUUUUUCAAUUCAUAACAGAUAUGAGCUGAUUACUGAAUGUUGGAACGAAGACCCUUACAUUCGUCCCAGUUUCUACCGUUUGAUCGAAAAAAUGGAGGCGAUAAUGGAAAGAGAUGCACCAUAUUUGCAUGUAAACAAGCACGAUGAAGAUCGUCCGUAUUACAACGUGCCACCUGAAGCUAGUGAUGAUUAA